AAAUAGAAAAAUCAGGAGCCGGAGACUACCGAACGUGUGCUCACUUCCUCCAGCAGUCGUCGUCCUCGAUGAUAAGCAGGGGAGGUGGAUCACUCGAACCUAAUAAGUGAGCUUCCAGGUCGGGAGAGGGACCGCCGCUGGAAAACUUUGGAGGCGCCCAGCUUCCAAGAUACCCACUAGCUCCCAGCCUCCCACCGUGUUCUUUCCACCCUUGGCCUUGGCUGAUGCUAGGAAGAUGGAAUUUUUGGAGCUUCAAGACAACCACUUCUAAUCCCUGCGCUUCAGGCGCCCCUUGCUCCCUCCGUGUUCUUGUCUUCUUGAUUUGUCCUCUUUUUUCUCGUGUUUGAGGUGAUAUCUCGAUUCUAAAAAUCUGCGAGAUUUCUUCUCCCUGUUUGUAUGGACAAAUUUGGGAACGAACCCUAGUCUGUGUCUCAAGCAGCCAAAGUAGUGUUCUUGCGGAGCAAAGCUAAAGCUGCAGCAGUUGGUGAGGAUACAGGAGAAGGGCUUGUUGGAUUCUGCAAAGACACUCUUAUUGGCUGAUUUUUUUUUUCCCAUAAACUGGGGCCGGAUUUGCGGAAGUGCAACCCUCUUGGAUUAAGCAAGAACAAAGCCUCGCAAUUUUAGGAUUCGGCACAAUACCAUCCAAUUUGAUCUUGGACAUGGACAAGCAAUCCAGCACCCGGCAUGGCACCCUAGAGAAAUUGAAGAGCUUCCGGGGGAUAGAGAAGCAGAGAAGCUUCAAGUUCUUGUCCAUGGAGAAGCAGCAGAGCUUCAAAAGGAACAAGGACAGCCCUGGGAAGCGGGGUGACACCGAGCUCCACCUUGCGGCGAGAGCUGGCAGUGUUGCACAUGUCCAGAGGAUCCUUGCGGAGUGUGAUCCAGAGCUGGUGGUGGAGUUAGCUGCUCGCCAGAAUCAGGACGGUGAGACUGCGUUGUAUGUGUCUGCUGAGAAGGGGCAUGUUGAGGUUGUGUGUGAGAUUUUGAAGGCUUCUGAUGUGCAGUCAGCCGGACUCAAGGCCAGUAACAGCUUCGAUGCAUUCCAUAUUGCGGCAAAGCAGGGCCAUUUGGAUGUCUUGAAGGAGCUGUUACAGGCCUUUCCCUCAUUAGCAAUGACAACAAAUUCUGUAAAUGCCACAGCUUUGGACACUGCUGCAACUCAGGGCCACAUUGACAUUGUUAAUCUUCUGCUAGAAACAGAUGCAAGCCUUGCUAGGAUUGCAAGAAAUAAUGGCAAGACAGUUUUGCAUUCAGCAGCGAGAAUGGGCCAUGUGGAGGUGGUCACUGCACUGUUAAAUAAGGAUCCAGGGAUUGGUUUCAGAACAGAUAAGAAGGGACAAACAGCUCUACACAUGGCUUCAAAAGGCCAAAAUGCAGAAAUUCUGCUCGAGUUGUUGAAGCCUGAUGUCUCAGUUAUCCAUGUAGAAGACGGCAAGGGGAAUAGACCAUUGCAUGUUGCAACUCGAAAGGGAAACACCAUUAUGGUUCAGACCCUAAUAUCAGUUGAGGGGAUUGAAAUCAAUGCGGUUAAUAGAGCUGGAGAGACUGCUUUUGCUAUUGCAGAGAAACAAGGUAAUGAAGAGCUCAUUAACAUCCUGAGAGAGGUUGGUGGAGAAACUGCAAAAGAGCAAGUAAAUCCUCCUAAUCCAGCAAAGCAGCUUAAGCAGACAGUCAGCGAUAUCAGGCAUGAUGUUCAAUCACAGAUCAAGCAAACACGCCAGACCAAAAUGCAAUUCCAAAAAAUCAAGAAGAGAAUUCAAAAGCUCCACAUUGGUGGGCUAAACAACGCCAUUAACUCCAACACUGUUGUUGCAGUGCUUAUUGCCACCGUUGCCUUUGCCGCCAUUUUCCAACUCCCUGGUAAUUUUCUGGAGGAUAUAACUCAAGCACCUUAUCCAGACAUGACCUUGGGGCAAGCAUUGAUAGCCAGUGAUCCAGCCUUUAUAAUCUUCUUGGUUUUUGACGCUUUGGCUCUCUUUAUCUCGCUUGCUGUUGUAGUAGUCCAGACAUCUCUAAUUGUUGUUGAGCAGAAGGCCAAGAAGAAGAUGGUCUUUGUGAUAAACAAGUUGAUGUGGCUUGCAUGCCUCUGCAUCUCGGCAGCCUUCAUAGCACUAACCUACGUUGUCGUGGGUCGAGAUGAUGAGUGGCUGGCUUGGUGCACAAUGGCAAUCGGCACUGUUAUCAUGGUGGCCACUCUCGGUUCCAUGUGCUAUUGCAUUGUUGCUCACAGGAUGGAAGAGAAGAGCAUGAGGAAGAUCAGGAGGACCUCCACAAGCCAGUCAUUUUCCAUAUCAAUUGACUCGGAAACGGAGCUGAUGAACAGUGAGUACAAGAAGAUGUAUGCCCUUUAGGAUAUCGGCCAUGCUUGUCAUCUGAGUCAUGUAUAUAUUGAUACCCAUUUGCCUGAGACCAGUCCAUGGCAUUAAGUGGGAUUGACUCAAUCAAAACUAUAUUUAGUCCUAGAACAUGGCACCUGUAUCAGUAUGUAACUGCAGUCUGCAGCCUCCAGCCAGGAACAUAGGGGUGAAGUCUAGGUGAUAGGUGUAGCCACUUUUUGUUGGCAAAAUACAAAUAUUGCCAAGCAUGUUGUCCCUAUCUUAUGCUUAUUUUUGUGGAUGGCAGUGAAAACCAUGAGAUUGUAUCUGUAUAGUAGAAUAGUAUGGAAUAAGUUGCCCUUAUGUCAAAAGUUAUCUGGUCGUGGAUGCUCUUAUGAUGCAACAUGAGACUGGAGUAGACUGGGGCAAAAAAAAAAAUUGGACUUUGAACUGGAGGAAACUGAGACAGACUUUGUUGACCGUUGUCGUUACGCGGCAUUUGCAGCCGUUCUGUGAAAUAUAAAUGCCUAUGGGCUGUUAUGAUC